GUGAAAGAAUAAAGAUACAAAUUACAAACCGAAAAGGUUAUAGAUAGAUGUCAUCAUCAAGACCCUAGAUUAAGUGGAGUGACAUUUCGUUUAAUUUUUCAAAUUACUAAGAUUUGUUCUUCCCUGACAGUGCCUGUAAUAGACAGUUAUAGAUUUCCUAAAAUGAUGUUCAAUAUGCCUAUUGUUAAAACAAUUUAGUUUUGAGUGUAGGCUAAUGUCAUCUUGCAUGAUGAGUAAAAGUGUGCCAGGCAGAUAUAUAGUGUCAAUUUAAUUAUUACAGCGGUUUAGAGUUAUGGAAUUGAAAUUUGCUCGUGUGCAGUAUAAGCUUACUAGAUUAUUAAGUGUAGCAGGAGUAACUCAAUUACGAUCCAUUUCACCCUUUCAUAGUUCAACUGAUACUUUCGUGGAUAAUUUAAUUUUUGAGGAAGGCAGGAAACGAGAAAUAAGCCUUUUCAAGUAUUUUGAGAACAAAUCAUUUAAUGUUUUAUUUCCUCAGAGAUCUUCAAUACAACCAAACAUUGGUAACAAAUUCUUAUUUGAUGCUUCCAACAAUAAUAGUAUCCAGGACUUAGUUACAGGUAUAGAAAACUAUUUAAAAGGAGAAAUUAGUGUACCAAACAAAAAAUUGAAUUUCCUGCUAAUUUACUUUGCCAAAAACGGCAAUACAACUGGUGUUGAAGCAGUGCAAGUUUUUAUAAAAAGGCACAAUUUUGAACAUUUUCAGUUACAAUCUGAGUAUAAACAUUACUUGGCAGAAGCACUGUUUAUUAGAGGUAAAGUUGAAGAUUCAUUGCUAUUAUUCUUUUCAGCGUACAAUAAUGUAAAAGUUAGAGACAAAGUUAAAUUAAAGCUUGUAUGUUUAUUUCCUCUCUUAUCUAGUCAGCACAGUGAUGGAAGACUUAGAAAAACUAUCAAAACAGUUGAGCAAUUUUCUUUAGAGCAGAAGGAUCAAAUUAUAUUGGGAUACCUCUGGAAGUCAUUGUUCGAGAGCACAUGGUUUUCGGAUCAUCAAUUAGCUGAACAAAUAUUGGAAAAACACCCAAAUUUAGUUCAAGUGAUAAAGUGGAUGAUUCCAGCUAUGGGUAAAGAACUAUUACAAGAUCAUAAAAUUGAUGAUUUCUACAGAUUGAUUGAAUUAACCUUGAAAUAUGAACUGAAAAGAUUUGAGGGCACAUUGCUCCAAUUUCUCUUUGAUUACUACUAUAUCCAUCAAAACAUAGAGCGAUGUUCUGAGGUGGUGAAGUAUUUGUCAACCAAACCGGAUUUCCAGCUAUCAGAAGACCAACAAAGAAAAUAUAUAAAUUUGUUACUCAAGAGGAAAGAUUCUGUUACGUCAAAGUUGAACAUUAAAAAGCCACAAAAUCUAAAAUAUAAGUUUUAGUGAGAAAUAUGUGGUAACUUAUUUAUAUUACAACUAACUGUAGAACUGUGUUUUUGGUGUAAAUAUAUUUUAUUACUAUUACUGUGAUAAAUAGAACUACUUGACUUACUUUUUAGUUAUUUGUUAUGUUUCAUUUUAUUUCAUUACAGUAUUGUUAUAAAAAGA